AUGUACGAAGAAGAACGAGCAUUGUGGCAAUCUUCUUUCAACAUGUGGUUUCCGGUGAUACGCAUUUUAUGUCUCACGUUAAAUCUGUUGUUAACAUGUUCGUCCAAGUCGUCGAACUCGGAGAUAGCCGAAACUCUUCAUCGACCUAUCAGGAGCUUGUCAUUUCCAGAAGCUAGUUCGAUGGGUAUCUUCCUCGCUAUCGCGGUGCCACUCGAAGAUCCCCAGAAAUCGAUUUCCUUGUCGUAUUUCUUCGAAGCCAGCUACACUUUACCCUCGAACUUGUCGUACUUCGAACCUUGGUCUGCUAAGGCUUCCGAAGUAGAAAGAAAAAGAAGAAAAAUAAGGAAGAGAAGCAUCGACAGAACCACGAUCUACCGGGUACUCGAAAGUAAAUUCGAGAGGUUUCUUCCAUCUUUUUCCUUUUUUUUUUUUCAUUUUUCUUUUUUCUUCUUUCUCUCCCGACGAUUUAGUUCUGGAUAUCUUGGAAGAGAAUGCCUAUUGAAAACCAUAUGCGAAAAUUCUGAACAUCCUUUGCAUCACAACGGUCUCAUCGGUGAUAUAUUUCACGUCAUUUUCACACCUACGACUUCGAGACAUGAGAAAUUGCCGGGAGAUAUUGUCGAGGCCGAGUUGGUUGGACGUAAUGGAAGCUGCUCGAAGUAUCAACCGCAAUGCCCCGUGGGACUCUUCGACUUGAUUGGAGUCCUCGUAUGAAGCUCGGAAAACCGCAAACGGUUUGUCACGGCGCUACUUACGACGAAUAUGUGAACGGGAGAAAGGGA